UACUCCUAGUCCUAGAUAGAGCUUAGCUAUAGCAUGAUCGAGUGAGUGGGCGCGUGCGUGCUGCCGCUAGAAUUAAGUAGCCACCAGCAGCUGAGAAGGCGCCGGCGCCGCACUAUAGCAGUGCCCGCAGACAGUUGCCGGCCGCGGCUAGCUGAGCUCAAGUCGAGAUCUCCAGAGAUCGAUGGCCCGUUUCGUGGAUCCGCUGGUGGUGGGACGGGUGAUCGGGGAGGUGGUGGAUUUGUUCGUUCCAUCCAUCUCCAUGACCGCCGCCUACGGCGACAGGGACAUCAGCAACGGCUGCCUCGUCCGCCCAUCCGCCGCCGACUACCCUCCCCUCGUCCGCAUCUCCGGCCGCCGCAACGACCUCUACACCCUGAUCAUGACGGACCCGGACGCACCUAGCCCUAGCGACCCAUCCAUGAGGGAGUUUCUCCACUGGAUCGUGGUUAACAUACCGGGGGGAACAGAUGCAUCUAAAGGUGAGGAGAUGGUGGAGUACAUGGGGCCACGGCCGACGGUGGGGAUACACAGGUACGUGCUGGUGCUGUACGAGCAGAAGGCGCGCUUCGUGGACGGCGCGCUGAUGCCGCCGGCGGACAGGCCCAACUUCAACACAAGAGCAUUCGCGGCGUACCAUCAGCUCGGCCUCCCCACCGCCGUCGUCCACUUCAACUCCCAGAGGGAGCCCGCCAACCGCCGCCGCUAAUAGUAAUAGCCUACUAUCUCUAUCUAUCUAUCCAUAAUGAAGAAAGCAAGCACGCCUGCGGAUGCGGCCGGCCGGCCCUACUAUAUUAUUACAAUAAUAUAGUUUUUGAAUAAUUAAGCUAGCUAGCUCUCAACUCAAGUAUACUUACUGGAACUCGACUGCGUUGCGUACGCAUGUCCUCAUCAUACGUACGAACGUGCGUGUCCACGUACUGUGUACUAGCUAGCGAGUACUCUCUCCAUAUAUAUCUUCCUCCACCGUCGUGUGGUACGUUUUAACAACGUACAUGCAUGCAUGGAUAAUGCAGGCUCUAUAUAUAUAUAUAUAAUACUACUGUACUGUACUGUAUGCUUUAAUUAA